AAAAAAAAAAAAAAAAAAAAAAAAACUCUGCUUUCCUUUAACCUCAUAGUGUCGACAUGGUUAGCGAAGAAGAAGCUCUAAUCCAAAAGGUGGUGGAUUUGUAUGAGCAAAUCUCUGGCCUUGAAAGCCUCAAACCUUGUAAGCAUGUCGACACUCUGUUCACAGAGUUGGUGGUCACGUGCAUGCCACCCACCAGCCCUAAUUUCCACAUCAAUUCACUCUCAAACCCUCUUCAACAAAUGAGAUCAAAUCUGAUCCGCCUUUGCGGCCAAGCUGAGUCCCUUUUGGAGUCCCAUUUCUCUGAUCUCUUAGCCAAUUUUGAUUACCCUCUUCACCAUCUCCAUCUCUUCCCUUACUUCUCCAAUUAUCUCAAGCUUAGCCUCCUUGAAUUCUCCAUCCUCCGCCGCCACUGCCCCAUCCUCCCCUCCUCCGUUGCCUUCGUCGGCUCCGGCCCUCUUCCUCUCACCUCCAUCGUCCUCGCCACCCGCCACCUCCCCUCCACCUCCUUCCACAAUUAUGAUCUCGACCCACUUGCUAAUUCCCAGGCGUCAAAAUUGGUAUCGGUGGACUCGGACCUGAAGACGAGGAUGGUGUUUCACACGUGCGACAUCAUGAAAGUGACGGAGGAGUUGAAGGAGUACGAGGUUGUGUUUUUGGCAGCUCUAGUAGGAAUGGAGAAGGAGGAGAAAUUGAGAGUGAUAGAGCAUUUGUGUGAGUUCAUGGCGGAAGGGGCUUGUUUGAUGGUGAGAAGUGCUCAUGGAGGAAGGGCUUUCCUUUAUCCUGUGGUGGAGGAAUGUGAUUUGGUAGGGUUUGAGGUUCUAUCGGUGUUUCAUCCGAGUGAUGAAGUUAUAAACUCAGUGAUAAUUGCAAGAAAAAAGAAGAAGGAUGAUGAUUGUUUGAAGAUUGUUGGUGAUGAUAAUCAUGAAAAUGGUAUUGAAAAUGGUGUUGUUGUUCAUAACAAACAAUGUUGUGAUCACAUUCAUGGCUUCAACAAUCAUGGAGGAAUGAUUGAGGAGUUAGCUGAGUAGUAAAUGAUGUUAAGCUUAUGUGGGUUUCUGAUUAUGUUCACGUUUUAGGGCUAAUUUUAGGGCAAAUGAACCACCCUUCACUUAUGUUGGUUCAUGCUUUAUGUAAUAAUUUUUGUGUUCUCAUUUAUGAAUGAAUGAGAAUGCUAUGUUUUUUUGUUUUA